AUGUCCAGAAGAUACGAUAGUCGUACCACCAUUUUCUCUCCAGAAGGGAGACUUUACCAAGUUGAAUAUGCGUUGGAGGCCAUUUCACACGCGGGGACCGCGAUUGGGAUCCUUGCGGAAGACGGUGUUGUCUUGGCGGCGGAAAAAAAGGUCACGUCCAAGUUGUUAGAGCAAGACACGUCUGCGGAAAAAAUGUACCUCCUCAACGACAACAUGGUGUGUGCGGUUGCCGGUAUGAACGCUGAUGCGGGGAUUUUGAUCAACCACGCGAGAUACACGGCGCAGCAGUACCUUAAGACAUACAAUGAAGACAUCCCGUGCGAGCAGUUGAUCCGCCGCGUGUGUGACGUCAAACAGGGGUACACCCAGCACGGUGGGUUAAGACCGUUCGGUGUGUCGUUCAUCUACGCAGGGUACGACGACAGAUACGAGUUCCAGUUGUUCACGUCCAACCCAUCGGGCAAUUACAGCGGCUGGAAGGCGACCAGCAUCGGCGCCAACACCUCCAGCGCACAGACAUUGUUGAAAAACGACUACAAGAGCGACAUGAAAAUCAGCGAGGCGUCCAAGUUGGCGUUGAAAAUAUUGAGCAAGACCAUGGACGCGUCGUUGUUGAACAGUGAAAAGGUGGAGUUUGCCACCUUGACAAAGUCUAAAACCACCGGCAAGGUCAUCCACAAGAUCUGGAAGCCGGCUGAGAUCGACCAGUUGAUCAAGGACAGCGGAGUCUUGGAGGAGGCUGAGAAGGAGGCUGAGAAGGAACAGUAG